UGGAGUAUGCCGCCGCGGUGCACUCGUGCCCGUAGGUGGCGGCCACUUGGGAGGGCUCGACCUAGACUCCCGUCCAAAGCAUGUGGUGUCUCGGCAUCUCUGGUGUCGAGAGCUUACAUUGCGGCGGACCAAGCUGCCUCCUCUCUCCACGCUAUGGCUCCUGCCAGGCCAGGGCGUUGAGAGAGCUCCACGAGGGUAAGACCGACCCAGCGCUUAUGCAGGAACUCCGCGCCGCCACCGACCUCGCUCUAUGGGUGACCAAGGUGACCACGCAGGCCCUGGGUCGGACGAUGUCCACACUUGUGGUGCAUGAGAAACUCCUCUGGCCUUUACUUGCGCAGAUGAGUAACACUGAGAAGGUCCGCUUUCUUGACGUACCCGUCUCGCAAGGGGGGGCUGGUUGGUGUUACUGUCGAGCCGCAGCGGCCCCGCUCACCCCCCGCCCGUGGCAUGCAAAUUUCAUUCGCCAAUUUUCAUUGGCCUUUUCUAAAUACUCAGAAGAUGAUAGGUUCUCAAGACAAACCCCAUUCUGUCGGUUCGACACAACGUCUCGUUCCCUCCAUCAGGGAACCGAGGUUACAUCCGUAACCAAGACGUUUUAAUGAAAAACCAGGGGACCCCCCAAGUUCACUAUUUUAGACCUUAUGAGAGGUCCCUUAAGGCUUAUGAGGGGUCCGGGACCGCCCCAGCCCCCCCUCAAUUCGAACCCUGAUUUUAAUACCGGCAAAUGGGACGAAGCAUUACGGCGGAGGUCAGAGAGAAACUCUGCAGAUGAGCAGCUCCAUUUCAAUAAAGCACUCAUCCUGCGGGCAGAAGCGAACAUGACCGGGAAAUAAAUGUGACUAUCAGCGCAGCCCGCUGUGCAUGGCAGGGUUCUGCAAAUACACAACACCAAAUUCAAUUAUUGCAUGUGGGAAGGGGAAUGGGCCGGAUUUAUCUGCAGGAAUCUGUUUCCGUUAUCUGUGUCGGGAUUCCACCGAGUGUGUGUGUGCUGCAUCUCAAGAAACACGUCACAAACAUUUGAGACAAACAUUAGACCAUAGAUGCCACACUAUGUCAUCAUCAUUUAAACGUGUGUUUGUUACUGUACAUGCAGGGAUGGUUAGUGUGUGUUGUGUGUGACGUGUGUGUGUGUGUGUGUGUGUGUGUGUGUGUGUGUGUGUGUGUGUUGCGUUCAGGACGUGGUGAUGGUCGGAGAGGAAAACUUCACAUCUUCCUGCUACGUACAGCUGGAGGAAGAGGCGUGUCACAUCCUGACUGAAGCUCUGGGCUCCUACUGUCUGAUUGGCCAGAGCAUCUGUCCGUCAGCGGCUAAACGAAUCAAACUGGCAGUGUUUGGACCUGUAGUGAUGGCAGGUGCAGACUAUCACAUCAGAGUCUACUGUCUCCACGACACGCAGGACGCACUUAAAGAGGUUUUACAGAUAGAGAAACAGAUUGGUGGGAAACUGCUGGAUGAACCAAAGACUCUGAACUUCAGUUACAGUAAAAACAAUCUGAGACUGUCACUACACGACAUACACACACAGUGGAAGAGUAAACUACUCACCAAAUACCAGGAGGUGUGUUUUUCUCAGGUGUGGAGCGGCUCGGUGCGGAGGCUUCAUUGCUCUUUUGCUCUGGAGCGUCAGAGUUUGGCCGUGUGCGAGUUGUGUUGUAAGCUGUGUGUCCGGCAGGUGGAGGGUGAAGGUCAGAUCUUUCAGCUCUACACCACGCUGAGCGAGGACGUUCAGAGUUUUGACACGUCUCUAAUGGACCCCGGCAGCAGUAUCACGGUGUUGACAGGCCCGAGCGCUUUCAGAAUCCCAGUGAGCAUCAGAAAUAAACUCUGCAGCAGUCUGGACGCCCCACAUACACGCGGAAAUGACUGGAGAAUACUGGCACACAAACUCAACCUGGACAGGCAUCUCAACUACUUUGCGACUAAGAGCAGCCCUACUGGCGUCAUUUUGGACCUGUGGGAGGCCCGGCACUUUCCACACGGAAACCUGAACCAGCUCGCCACCGUUUUAGAGGAGAUGGGCCGCCGUGACAACAGCAUCGCUUCCAUGGUGAAGGAACAUUGACCCUUAUGACGAUGGUGACGUUGCUCUGAUGUCGUCCAGACUCAAUAGAGAAGGUGAAGGAAAUGAUCGGAUCAGACGAGUCAAAGCAUCCUUAGAGCCCGUGACCUUUCACAUCAACUUAUAGUGCAGCAUCUUAUUCAGUUUCAGGAAACGUGUGGUACUUAAGCCUCAGAUUCAGGGGGCUAAAGAUCUCGCUGGGGUCAAAGGUGAAACAGGGACAAGACUCACUACCAAAAAUUCCUCCCCGGAAUUCUCAAACUUUUUUCUGUUUGCACGUGUAAGGACUGCGGUGUGUGUGUGUGUGUGUGUGUGUGUGUGUGUGUGUGUGUGUGUGUGUGUGUGUGUGUGUGUUUGAGCAAAAACAACACAAAUCUCCCACAUUCUUCCUGUCUCUUUACUCAUAGUUUUUCUGGAAUUUUGUGGUGCCAUCUAGUGGUUGCUGAAACAGUCAACGCUCAUGUAAAAUCAUAUUUUCAGAGGAGAUCAUACAGUAUUUAGUGUGUGGACAGAGUACCUUAAAGUGGCCUUUAAAACCUCAUUAACGUUCGGACAUCAAUUUCAUUUGUUUUAUUUUUGUAAAUGCAGAUAUGUGUCAAACUGAAGUAUCGGUGUUGAACAAAAGUGCACACGAGCGCUUGCAAGGGAUGAAAAAUAAUGUGGAGAACUGAUAUCUCAAUAUCUGGAAUGCUGAAGAUAAAAUGCGAAGUCGCACUGUUCGAUGAUUUUUAAUGGACUUUUGUACGACGUACACAAAAGAGUUCACACACGUUCUCUGCAUGAGGUGUUUCUGUUGUGUUUGAAUGAUUCAUUUCAACGUUUAAGCAGUUUGCUGUGAGUAAAAAAAGUAUAGAUGACCCUUAUUAAAGGUUACCAGGGUACCUAUAGUUUCACUUACGGAUCCCACACUGAACAAGAAAACCUCAUUUUUUGUCUUGUUUUCCCACACAAUUAUCUAAAUAACCUUAAAACAAGAUAUGAAGAGUUUGGUUCCAAAAUGAGAUGACUCCGUUUUAAAAAAAAUUCAGAAAUCAUGUUUUUUAUUUUGUUUUUAUUGAGUUAGUUAGCUGUAUUUUUUUUUUUUUUUUUGAGUUAUUACGGCUCAAGUCAAAACAAACCAACUGCAGUUUGAUUGAUAUUAAUUGGAAUGCACAAUAAAAAAACAAGACUUUUGAACAUUUUUAAAAACCGAGUUAUCUCAUUUUAGAACCAAACUCUUCAUAUAUUCACCUGAGAAUCCACAACAUUUAUCUUGAUUUCAGAGAUCAUAUAUGAUAACCGAAGUGUGUUUUGCUUAAAUCAAGAUGAAAAAUGUUCUUGUUGUUGUUUCAGGCAAACACAUUUUGUUAGAUUGGAACCAAGACAUAAACGAACAUUUGUUAACAUUUUGUGUUUUGACAAUAUACCCUUACAAAGAAAAUAAGUAGGCUUCAAGUUCAUUUUAUUUAGUAAAAUAUAAUUUAUACUUUAUGUAAUAAAUAUACUAAUAUCAUACUUGUAGUUUUUCCGGUUGUGCUUGGGAUUAAAUUGACUCACUUUUUAAUUUAUAAAAGUGUAAUUUCAACGACAUUAUUUGUUUGUGCAGCAACUGUUCUUCAAGUGAACUUAUAGUUUGUUAUUUCAAUACUGAUGUUGAUGAAAGUACACUUCUCAUCUGUUGAAAAGAUUUUACACUGCAGGUGCGCUUGCACGUUAUCUUUAACUGAACUUAACACAUAUUUCUAUAUUAUUUUUGCAUUUUAAGUACACUGCUAUGGUCCUAUUAAGAUAAAGUAUGUUACUUUUUAUGUACAGAAAGUACACGAAAAGGAGACCGAAAAGUAUACUUUCUUAUUUUUAGCUCAAAAGUAUAGCGCACUUGAAAAAACGUUCUUGUUAAGAUACUUGUAUUGGUAAACAAGACAAAAAGAGAAGAAGAUGAAAAACCGAAUGGAUGUUGUUUCGAAGGAAACUCAGACAUGGAUUGAACACAUUUGAUUAUCGAUGAUGUUUCAUUGGCUUCUGGUUUGACGUUCUGCAGGUUUGAGUCUCUGUCAGUAUGCUGUUAGUUAUCUGGUUUAAUACACAUCAGAAUCGACGAAAAGAUGUGAGCCGUUUCUUUCAUCGAUAACCUUUAAUGGAUUAUUUGAUUUGCUUAUGUUUAGUAAAUGCACAUGAACCGAAACAACGUCGAAAAUGCAUUUAAAACCAAACGAGUAUGAUGAGAGGAUUGUUACUGAUGUCUUUUUUCUCCAGUAAUGAGAUGUGUUUCCAAGUGAAAGUGCAUAUUCAGCAAGAAAAGGAAGCAUUGAUUUGAUUCAUGAAGAAAUGGUUUGAUUGUUAGAGAUGGUGUUUAUAUGACGGGUCGUCUGAUGGCGUCAGACAAAAACUACUAUAAUCUUUUGUUUCGGAAAUGAAAGUCAUCACGCAUUUAUCCUAGAAAUAACAUGGAAUGUGUCUGACGUGAAAUGAUUCCGUUGACUUGAACAUAAAAUAUCAGUUUGUAGAAAAUAACACGUAUUGAAUGUUUCAUUUGAAUGAUGAAGGCCUAUGCAACCGUGUUUUCUCUGUGAUGAGAUGUGAAGACAGUGUUUGACACACGGAGCUCAUUAUCUGCAGCAUCACUGCCUGAAGACUCGUGCCGGUUCUCUUGAAGAAAGAAAACACCACAUCAUAAAGAGCGAAACAACACAAGACCGCGUCUGUAAGGCUGAAAAUGGAAUAUUUUGGUCUGGAGUAAAUGCUGUGCCAACUAUGCAAUGUUUGCUUCUGUGUGGGACAACAGCAGGCUUGUGUGUAGAGAGGAUUUCAUUCAUAAAGAUUCGUGGGAAAAAGAAAAGCGUGUCCACAGACAGGGUCUGUACAAAUGUAUCUAAAGAUUUUUUUGAAUAAAUUAUAUUUUUAAUCAACACUGAGAGUGACCUUGUGUCAUUUAUUCCUGGUUCUUCUGUUCUAGUGUGUGAAAAAGUGGUUUGCAAUACGUUAUCAGAUUUUUAUGAGUGUCUUUAAAAGCUAAAAACAACAAUAGUAAACCGACUGCUCAAGUAUCUUACUUUGAU